CCGGACCCUGUAUGUGGGCGUGCGGAUGCCCCUGGUGAGGCAGAGCCACCGGCACCACCGACCGCACAGUCAGAAACAUCGGAAGCGGGAGCGGGUGAAGGGCUCGGCCCAAGCGGGCCACAGCUACCGCGAUACCCCAUCCCAGCGGGUGCAGUUCAUCCUCGGCACCGAGGAGGACGAGCAGCACGUGCCCCAUGAGUUAUUCACCGAGCUCGACGAGAUCUGCGUGAAAGAGGGCGAGGACGCGGAGUGGAAGGAGACGGCCAGGUGGCUGAAGUUCGAGGAGGACGUGGAGGACGGCGGGGAGCGCUGGAGCAAGCCCUACGUGGCCACGCUCUCCUUGCACAGCCUCUUCGAGCUGCGAAGCUGCAUCAUCAACGGCACCGUGCUGCUGGACCUGCGCGCCAACAGCAUCGAAGAGAUCGCAGAUAUGAUCCUCGAUCAGCAAGAACAGUCCAGCGAGUUUGACGAGCGCAUGCGGAUGAGAGUGCGGGAAGCCCUUCUGAAGAAGCAUCACCAUCAGAACGAGAAGAAGAGAAACAACCUCCUCCCCAUCGUCCGCUCCUUCGCCGACGUGAACAAGAGGCAGACAGAUUUGCACCUCCCCGACAAACCGGCCCAAACACUGUCUCUCCAUCAACCUCCUGCCACCGUGGAAGCUAAAAAUGGGACAAACAGCGAGACCAGCCCAAUGGAUUUAAGCAAGGCGGAGCUGCACUUCAUGAAGAAAAUUCCUACCGGGGCUGAAGCGUCAAACGUUCUUGUAGGAGAGCUGGAUUUCCUUCGCCGGCCCAUCGUGGCGUUUGCACGGCUGAAUCCGGCUGUUCUGCUCUCCGGCAUGACGGAAGUUCCCAUCCCAACAAGGUUCCUGUUUGUUUUGCUCGGACCAGAAGGAAAAGCUCAUCAAUACCAUGAGAUUGGCAGGUCCAUGGCUACACUCAUGACAGAUGAGGUUUUCCACGAUGUUGCCUAUAAAGCCAAGGACCGCAGUGACCUCGUGGCUGGCAUCGAUGAGUUCCUAGACCAGGUCACAGUCCUGCCGCCUGGAGAGUGGGAUCCAUCGAUCAGAAUUGAGCCCCCAAAGAACGUCCCUUCGCAGAAAAAAAGGAAGACGCCAGGAGCCCUUGAUGACACCGAUGGUCAUAGUGAACCUGAAAAACACAGUGGUCCUGAGCUACAGAGGACAGGAAGGCUUUUUGGAGGUUUGAUCCUGGAUGUGAAACGAAAAGCCCCCUGGUUCUGGAGUGACUUUCGGGACGGUCUGAGCCUGCAAUGUCUGGCGUCCUUCCUCUUCCUCUACUGCGCCUGCAUGUCCCCCGUCAUCACCUUCGGCGGGCUGCUGGGGGAGGCGACCAAAGGGCACAUAAGCGCGAUGGAGUCGCUGCUGGGAGCAUCCAUGACCGGAGUGAUGUAUUCCCUGUUUGCUGGCCAGCCUCUCACCAUCCUCGGGAGCACCGGCCCCGUCCUGGUGUUUGAAAAGAUCCUCUACAAGUUCUGCAAGGACUACGGGCUCUCCUAUCUCUCCCUGAGGGCCUGCAUUGGGUUGUGGACUGCCUUCCUCUGCGUGGUCCUCGUGGCCACCGACGCCAGCUGCUUGGUGUGCUACAUCACCCGCUUCACCGAAGAGGCCUUCGCCGCCCUCAUCUGCAUCAUCUUCAUCUAUGAGGCUCUAGAGAAGCUGUUUUGGCUGGGGGAGGCCUACCCCAUCCACGUGGACAGCAAGCUUGACCUUCUGACCAUCUACUACUGUAAAUGUGAAGCCCCAGCCCAUCCUACCAAUGAGACCCUGCUCUUCUGGGAGAGCAACAAGAUCAACGCAUCUUUGAUUGCUUGGGAAAACCUCACAGUGUCUGAAUGUCGGCGUUUGCAUGGAGAAUUUCAUGGACCUGCCUGCGGACACGAUGGUCCCUACACACCCAAUGUCCUCUUCUGGUCCUGCAUCCUGUUCUUCGCCACCUUUGUCCUGUCGGGCUCGUUGAAGACCUUUAAAACCAGCCGCUAUUUCCCAACCAGAGUACGAUCCACCAUAAGUGACUUUGCUGUUUUCUUCACCAUCGUCAUCAUGGUGAUUAUUGACUUCCUGAUCGGGGUCCCAUCGCCCAAGCUUCAAGUUCCCCAUAUGUUCAAGCCCACCAGAGAUGACCGUGGGUGGCUCAUCAACCCCAUAGGACCCAACCCUUGGUGGACGGUGUUGGCAGCGGUCAUCCCCGCUCUGCUCUGCACCAUCUUGGUCUUCAUGGACCAACAGAUCACUGCUGUCAUUGUGAACAGGAAGGAGCACAAGCUUCAGAAAGGAUGUGGGUACCACCUGGACCUUCUCAUGGUGGCCGUGAUGCUCGGCGUGUGCUCCGUGAUGGGGCUGCCGUGGUUCGUGGCUGCGACCGUCCUCUCCAUCACCCACGUGAACAGCCUCAAGUUGGAGUCUGGCUCCUCAGCGCCAGGAGAACAACCCAGGUUUCUGGGCAUACAAGAGCAGAGAGUCACCGGCUUGAUGAUAUUUGUGCUCAUGGGUUGUUCCGUCUUCUUGACUGGUGUAUUAAAGGUAAGGGGAUGCAAAACCUUCUAACUACUCCCUUUGCUUCAGGGCUGAAUAACUAAACACUUUGUGUUGCUGCAGGAAUUAUCAUCGCUCCGAGGAAUUCAGUUCUUUGAUCGCUUGAAGCUCUUUGGGAUGCCGGAGAAACACCAGCCGGAUUUCAUCUACCUGCGACACGUCCCCUUGCGCAAAGUGCAUCUCUUCACCCUGAUCCAGCUCACCUGCCUCGUUCUGCUCUGGAUCAUCAAAGCGUCCCCCGCGGCCAUCGUCUUCCCCAUGAUGGUUUUGGCUCUCGUCUUUGUGCGGAAGGUCAUGGAUUUCUGCUUCUCGAAGCGGGAGCUCAGUUGGCUGGACGACCUUAUGCCAGAAAGCAAGAAGAAGAAACUGGACGAUGCCAAAAACGAAGCCAAAGAAGAAGAGGAGUCUCAGAAGAUGAUGGAAGCUGCUGCAGCAAAUUCAGUCCAGCUGAAGCUGGGCAAAACCAGCUACUCAGAUGUCUCAAAGCAAGAUAAUGAUAG